AUGGCUACACCACAAAACCUAACAGGUUAUGGGCCCAGGAGAGGACUUGUCUUCGAUGGAGAUGAAGGCAGAUACGAGCUCUGGGAAGUGAAGUUUCUCUCAUUCAUGAGAAUGCAGAAACUGCACGAUGUGUUUGUUCCUAGCCGUGGUGAAGACGAGCUGGAUGAGGCAAGGAAUGCGAAUGCCUUUGCCGAGUUGGUGCAAUGCCUAGACGAUCGGAGUUUGUCUCUUAUUAUAAGAGAGGCAAGAGAUGAUGGCCGAAGAGCCCUAAAUGUUCUACGUGAGCAUUACCAAGGAAAGGGCAAACCCAGAAUCAUCGCCCUAUAUACAGAGUUAACCUCCCUGAAAAAAGGUGAAAACGAGACCACUACAGAUUACAUGAUUCGAGCAGAAACUGCUGCAACCGCAUUAAAAUCCGCCGAGGAGAUAAUAAGCGACGGCUUACUAAUUGCAAUGGUGUUAAAGGGUCUACCGAGGACGUACAAAACAUUCUCGACUGUGGUUAUUCAGCGAGAAAAACAAAUGACAUUCAUGGAAUUCAAAACAGCUUUACGGAAUUACGAGGAGAACGAAAAGUGCUGUGAUCAGAACGAAAAGGACAACGUUAUGUUCACAAAGCAAAAAGAACGAUUUGAAGGAAAAUGUAUCAAGUGCGGCAAGAUAGGACACAAAAGCUCAGAGUGUUGGAUGAAGAAAGAUAAAUGGUGCAGUAAGUGUAAGAACAAGACGCACAACACAAAGGAUUGUCGAUCAACGAAGAAGGAUUACGCAAAGAAAGCAACAGAAAAGAAGAAAGAAGAUGAAGAAAACGGCGAAAACUCGUAUGCGUUUACGCUGAAUGAUUCUCAAGAUAGAAGAAGAAGAAAGGAAAGCACAAACUUACUUGUGGACACCGGAGCGACAAGUCAUAUCCUAAAUGACAGCUCCAAAUUUGUAAGCUUUGAUAAAAAUUUCGAUUGUAAUUCCCACUUUAUAGAGUUAGCAGAUGGUAGCAAAGCAAAUGUGUUAUUGGGAAAGGGAAACGCUAAAGUUAAAUUAUUCGAAUAA